AUAGCCUACUAUACAUCGCCAACACUAGAGAAACGAACUCUUCAGUACCUGCGCUUCAGUUACGCGCACCUCCCCUUCCUCCCCCCAUCCAACGUGGCUGCCUGCCAAGGCCAAGUCCACGCAUUCGACUCACAGGACCUCAUCGACGUCUACAUCCCAGACGGUCCUGAGACUAUCAUCUACCGUUGCGAGCAGCAACCGUGCCCGAACCGAACACCCCGAUCGAUCCCAGAAGACUACCCGUGCUACAAAGCGAUCCGACGAGCGCAACACCCGCUCGGACCCCGAAGCACCCUAGCAUCUCGAUCGGCCUCACGGCACUCUCGCCCUGUCUCCCCUAGCUCCCGUCUCCCUCAAACUGUCGUCACCAAUCCAGAUCAAGCGCAAGGAGAUCUCCCUCCAGACCCUGCGCCAGAGCCAGAGCCUGAGGAGGGUGAGGGUGAAGAAGGAGUCUCGGAGUCCGAGUCCGAGGAUUCUGUUGGGUCCGCCUCGCCGACAGCAUUCCCCCCCGCGUCAGCAGUCCCUGACCGGAAGGCCACCACAGCUGCCUCCGCCCCCGCAACGUCCUCCGUCCCCCCCGACGCCGAUAAUGUUGUCCCCUGCAGCCGCCCCCGACAAGGAGACCCUGAAGCUCCUCCUCCCCCUCCGCUAUGA